UGGAGCGUUUUGUAAGAGCACACGCCUACUGCUGCACUGCUCGUUUCAAAUACUCAGCAGCACCAGACUUUCACUACAGACUUAAUCCUAAUCGAAACUCAACUUUAAAGCCAUGUCACUUGCUGUGUUUGGUCUAACUGCCCUACCACAUGUUGGUGGGAUCUGUGGAGGCUUAAUUACAAGAAAACAGGUAAAAACAUGGUAUGUCACACUUAAAAAGCCAUCGUGGAAACCACCCAACUAUGCUUUUGGAUUGGUCUGGACAACCCUCUACACUGGCAUGGGAUAUGGUUCAUACCUGGUGUGGAAAGAGCUUGGAGGCUUCACACAAGAUGCUAUGGUACCACUGGGCCUCUAUGGCACACAGCUGGCACUGAAUUGGGCAUGGACCCCCAUCUUUUUUGGUGCGCACAAAAUCAAACUGGCGUUUAUAGAGAUUGUCAUGCUGACAGGCACAGUGGCUGCCACCAUGGUGUCUUGGUACCCAGUGAGCCGCCCUGCCACUCUCCUCAUGACUCCUUAUUUAGCCUGGCUCUGCUUGGCUACCUGCCUCAACUAUUGCAUCUGGAGGGACAACCCUGAGACCAAGACAGACUAAAUGUGAACAAACAACAUUAACAUGCACAAUAAGAAUGUAAUGAUUUUUACAGCCGAUACCACUAAUAUGCCUUUAUUCAUAUGUGAUUUUUUUAAAUGAAUAUAUCUGCUUGGCAUUCAUUUUGAAGUGUGGUCAUUAGUAAUUGCACUAGUAGCGAUUUUAUCUACUCAUGAUCAAAUAUUAUAUUACUAACUGUGUGGCAGAAAUGUCUUUUAAGCAUUUUAAUACAUUUUGCACUUUAAAACAA